AUGGCGGACACAGCGGCGGCCAGUAGCUCGGAAACUGUUAGUCGCAACCCAGCACUAGGUCGGUCGGUCGGUGGGGAGGGUGGCGGCACAUGUGGGCAUCCCGAGACUGCUGGUGGACAUGCGGCACUCCCUGGCCCGCAAUCGCCUGCUGCAGCUGCCGGUGUUGAAUCUCCCCAUGCCAUGCCAUGUGAUGUGAAGAGUUUCAUAGGAAGCCGCAACGCCCUGGCGCUUACCCUCCCUCCCUCCGUACUCCCCUUCUCCCCACCUUUCCCGUUCCCCUCCCGCUCCCCCUUCCUCUCUCCCCUCCCCUCUGUCCCCGUCACAGCCUUGGCCCACAUUCGCCUGCUGCAGCUGCCGGUGCUGCGACUGGCUGUAACUCAGGUGGCAGCAUGGCAGGUCAGGGCCCGGGUCCCGGCUUCCGUGGACGUGACAGCUGGCAUGCUCGCCGUGCAGCGGGCAGGACCCGGACCUCUGGCCGCCCCACAAGGGAGCUGCCUCCGCCCUCCCAUUUGA